AUGUCCCACCCCUCCCCACCGCCACCCCCGGAUUUCCCCGCCGAGGUGACGCUGUCCCCGGGGGGCUCCCCGGCUCCGUGCCGUUACACCCUCUCUGAGCACCCCGGUGCCGCCCUGGCCGCCAUGAACCAGCUGAGGUUGGAGGGGCAGCUCUGCGAUGUCACCCUGCGGGUCCGGCACGGCCGCGGUGACGCCGGUGACACCGAGCUGCGGGCGCACCGGGUGGUGCUGGCGGCCGCCAGCCCCGUGUUCCGGGCCAUGUUCACCGGGGGGCUCCGCGAGAGGGGCUUGGCAGAGGUGCCCAUCGAGGGGGUGCAGCCCCGGGCCAUGGAGAGGCUGGUGGAGUUCGCCUACACGGCGGCGGUGGCCGUGGGUGAGGGGUGUGUGCUGCCGCUGCUGCACGGGGCGCUCAUGUACCAGGUGGACGCCGUGGUCAGAGCCUGCUGCUCCUUCCUGGCGGGGCAGCUGCACCCGAGCAACGCCAUCGGCAUCGCCGCGCUGGCCGAGCGCCUGGGCUGCCUGGAGCUGCAGCAGAGAGCCCGGGAGUUCAUCUACAUGAACUUCGCUGAGGUCUCCAAACAGGAAGAAUUCCUCUCCCUCUCCCACUGCCAGCUGGCCACUCUGGUGAGCCGCGACGAGCUCAACGUCCGCUGCGAGUCCGAAGUGUUCCAGGCUUGCGUUUCUUGGGUCCAGCAGGACCGGGGAGCUCGGGCUCCUUUCCUCCCCGCUCUCCUCCGCGCCGUCCGCUGCCACGCUCUCACCCCGCGCUUCCUCCGCGCCCAACUCCGCCGCCGCCACGACCUGGGCCGCGACGCCCUGCGCUACCUGGCGCGCGUUUUCCGCGAUUUGGCUCUUCACAAACCCUCCAGGGAUCCCCCGGGGCGAUGCCCCAAGGUCAGGCAGCUGAUUUAUGCCGCCGGGGGUUACCUGAGGAGAUCCCUCAGCACCCUGGAGGCUUUCGACCCCGAGGAGGGGUCUUGGGUGAGGCUGGCGGAGCUGGAGACGCCGCGCUCGGGCUUGGGGGGCUGCGCGGUCGGGGGGUUGUUUUACGCCGUGGGAGGGAGGAAUAAUUCCCCCGAGGGGAACACGGACUCGGCGGCCGUGGAUUGUUACAACCCCCUGAGCGGGAGGUGGUCGCCCUGCGCCCCCAUGAGCGUCCCCAGGAACAGGAUCGGGGUGGGCGUCAUCGACGGACUCAUCUACGCCGUGGGGGGGUCCCAUGGGUGCACGCAUCACUGCUCGGUGGAGAGGUACGAGCCCGAGCGGGACGAGUGGGCCCUGGUGGCCCCCAUGGGGACGCGGCGAAUUGGGGUGGGGGUGGCGGUGCUGAACCGGCUCCUCUACGCCGUGGGGGGCUUCGACGGCAGCGCCCGGCUGCGCUCGGCAGAGCGGUACCACCCCGAGAGGGACAGCUGGCAACCCAUCCCACCCAUGGCCACCGUCCGCAGCGGCGCAGGGGUCUGCGCCCUGGGGAACUGCCUGUACGCCAUGGGCGGCUACGACGGCGCGCAGCAGCUCAGCAGCGCCGAGCGCUUCCAGGUGGACACCGAGACCUGGAGCUUCGUGGCACCCAUGGGACACCGCCGGAGCGCCCUGGGUGUCACAGCCUUCCGGGGCAGGAUUUACGUCCUGGGGGGUUAUGAUGGUCACUCCUUCCUGGAGUCGGUGGAGUGCUACGACCCCGACGCCGACGCCUGGACCGAGGUGACGCCGAUGCCGUCGGGGCGCAGCGGGCUGGGGGUGGCCGUCACCAUGGAGCCCUGUCACCCCCAGCCCCCCACCCCAGAGGAGGAGACCCCCCCCAGCGAGCCCUGCUGACCCCGGCGCCGCCGGGAGAGGGGGGGGACGGGGAGGUGGGGAGGGGGCUGCUCCCCCCCACCCACUCUCCCCCAAUCCAUCCCCCACCGGCGGCGGAUCGAGGGUUUUAUGGGGAGGGGGAGGUCACGGAGACCCCUCCCCACCCACCCAAAAAGCGUCACAGGACUUUUGCUGCGUCCCCCUCCCCUAUUUCCCCACCUCUAGCCCGGAUUUUGGGGCGACCCCGGGCUGGUUUUGACCAUUCCCAGAUGCUGUUGGCGCAAGAAUAAAGCGAUUUCUGAUUUAA